AUGGUCUUAAUCGAUGGGAAAGAAGUCAUCACAGCGGAAGAGAAGCGCCUAAAGGAAGACCGCGAGAGAACCAAGUAUUGGAAGCGCUGGGGACCAUAUGUGGCGGAGAGGCAGUGGGCCACAGUCAGAGAGGAUUACAGUGCAGAUGGCGACGCCUGGAGCUACUUCACCCACGAUCAUGCAAGAUCGAGAACUUUCCGUUGGGGUGAAGAUGGAAUUGCAGGUGUAUCUGAUACACAUGGUAUACAGAACAUUGCCUUUGCGUUCUGGAAUGGCGAAGACGACUUCCUGAAGGAACGCCUGUUCGGUUUGUCGAACCCUCAGGGUAAUCAUGGUGAGAGUGUCAAGGAAGCACAUUUCCAUGUGGACAACACGCCAACGCAUUCUUACAUGAAAUUCCUCUACAAAUACCCCCAGAGAAAGUUCCCAUACCAAGACCUCAUUGAUGAGAACGCAAAGCGCUCACGUUUGGAGAAAGAGUAUCAGAUCCUUGAUACUGGCAUCUUCGACGAUAACCGCUACUGGGAUAUCUUCGUCGAGACUGCUAAGGAGGCCGACGAUGAGGAAGAAUUGCUCUUCCGUGUAAUUGCCUACAAUCGCGGCCCAGAGCCUGCUCAUCUACACAUCGUCCCUCACGUCUGGUUCCGAAACACAUGGGCCUGGGGCGAUGAGAAGAAACAGGAAAGACCAUCUAUCAAAAAGGAGGGACCGAUGGUAGCCAAAUCGGAGCACAGCACAAUCGGCGAGCGAUAUGUCUCCUUUGCACCAUCGCCUCCAGUUGGCUCUAGUGAUGACGAUAUUCAGCCCCAGCUGAUGUUCACCGAGAACGAGAGUAAUGACAAAUUCCUAUGGGGUACUGAGAACCACACACCCUAUGUCAAAGACGCAUUCCAUCGCCAUAUUGUCGAAGAGGAGAAGGGCGCUAUCAACCCGGACAACGAAGGCACCAAGUUCGCUGCGUGGUACGCCUUCAACAACGGCGAGGGAGUCCCUCCCGGCGAAUGCGCCGUUGUCCGUUUUAGAGUGUCCCGCAAGAAGGAAGAAGUCCUGGAUGAAGAAGUCCUGGACGAUGUGAUUGAACAGCGCCGUGCCGAGGCUGAUGAUUUCUACUACCAUCUCAACCCUCUCCCCAUGAGUGACGAUCUUCGCAACAUCCAGCGUCAAGCCUUCUCCGGAAUGAUGUGGUGCAAGCAGUACUACAACUUCAUCUGGGAUCAAUGGAGCAACGGUGACCCGGCUGAAAUCCCCCUCCGCCUGGCCGAAAGGGCAUUCUACCCAUUCUUCGCCGCAUGGGACACUGCAUUCCACUGUAUCCCACUGGCUAUGAUGGAUCCCGAUUUCGCAAAGAAGCAGCUCGACCUUCUCACCCGUGAGUGGUACAUGCACCCGAACGGUCAGCUGCCUGCAUACGAGUGGAACUUCGGCGAUGUGAACCCUCCCGUGCAUGCAUGGGCUGUGUUCCGCACGUUCAAGAUUGAGCGUAAGAUGUACGGACGACAGGAUUUGGACUUCCUGGAACGCGUAUUCCAAAAGCUGCUGCUUAACUUCACCUGGUGGGUGAACCGUAAAGACUCUGGUGACAAGAAUGUGUUUGAGGGCGGCUUUUUGGGACUCGAUAACAUCGGUCUGUUUAAUCGCUCUGAGCCAUUGCCCACUGGAGGUGUGCUUGAGCAAGCUGACAGCACUGGUUGGAUGGCCUUCUACUCCCUUACCAUGCUCAACAUAGCCCUGGAGCUGGCCAAGCACCGUCGCAUAUACGAAGACAUUGCAUCCAAGUUCUUCGAGCACUUCCUGCUCAUCAGUGAUGCAAUGACCUUCCGUUCGGGCGAUGACACUGUGCAGUCACUCUGGAACGAAGAAGACAACUUCUACUACGAUGCCAUCUCCUAUGGCGGACCAUGGACCCAACAGCUACCUAUUAGGUCCCUCGUUGGUUUAAUCCCGCUAUAUGCGGUUCUCACCCUCGAGCCCGAGCUUAUCAACAAGUUCCCUUCGUUCAAGCGGCGAGUGGACUGGUUCAUCGAGAACAAGCCGGACAUAGCCGAGCGCAACAUCGCCAGCAUGAAGCGCCGCGGCAAAGACGACCGACUCUUACUAGCCCUUGUCAGCAAAGACCGUCUUGUCAAGAUCCUCGAGCGAAUGCUCGACGAAACCGAGUUCCUGUCCGAGCACGGUAUCCGCUCCAUGUCCAAGUUCCACCAAGAUAACCCUUACUCCAUGGAUGUCAACGGGCAAACCUACAAAGUUAACUACGUCCCCGGAGACUCCGACUCCUCCCUUUUCGGCGGCAACAGCAACUGGCGCGGACCCAUCUGGCUCUGCGUCAACUUCCUCCUCGUCGAGUCCCUCCUCCGCUUCCACAUGUUCUACGGCGACACCCUGCAGGUCGAGUGUCCCAAGGGCUCAGGCGACUACAUGCACCUCGGACACGUAGCAGAAGAACUACAGCACCGCAUGCAGCACCUCUUCGCCCGCAACGACGAAGGCCGGCGUGCCGUCAACGCCGGCUCAGACCUACUCGAUUUCGACGAGCACUGGAAAGACAAUCUCUGGUUCCACGAGUUCUUCGACGGCGACAGCGGUCGCGGACUGGGGACAUCACACCAGUGCGGAUGGACAGGAUUAAUCGCCAAGAUCAUCCACGACACCGGUAUCAAUUGCCGUCUACCGCAGACGCCACGGUCGCCCUUUGCCGCUGCGUCGCACUACUUCGACGAUAUCUUCUCUCGUUCUGGACGACCGCGUGGCUCGGACCGUCCGUCUGUCCGUCGCUCGUCGACUACUCGUUCCAUCGGUAACCGUAGUGACUUCUACUCUGGUGAUGCUACGCCUGCUGCGUCGACGGUCUUGGAUGAAGAUGAUGAGAGUCGGGGUCCUAGUCGUGCCGGCAGUCGUAGAGGAAGUGCUGCCGUCCCUGAUAACCAAGAUCAUGUUGAUCACUAUGUCGAGAGUCAGCUGCAGCGGGUGCGCAGCUCGGCUUCGAUUGCUGCGUACGAGGACGAGUUUGAGACGAGGGCUGACAAGGAGAAUGAGCGGAAUGGACAAUCUUAA